GCACCCGGACACACCACCCGGACACACCACCCAGACCGCAAUAGGUUACGACAGAACGGCGUAACGACAAUACGUUUCUUGCCAACGACGCACUACACGGGACUUGUCAGAUUUCACCAGAAUCACCGGUGGAAGUUUUGGUUACUGGUGGGGCUGGUACUCACUCGCACUGACGCGUCACUCCAACUCAAAUACUCUACUACCAUACCCGAAUACGAACUACACCGUGUUUCACCUAUCGCUUUGGGACUGUUCGAUUGGAUCGUAUACAUACAGGUAGAUGUACCAUGCCAGGGCGUGGGGUUGCGGCUCAUCGAGGACCGCGUCUGGGAUACACCAAAUCUCGUAACGGCUGUGCACGAUGCAAGCUGCGGCGCGUCAAAUGCGACGAGGUUAAACCAUCUUGUAGAGCAUGUCUACGCCACGGUGUCAUAUGCAGGUACAAAUCGUCGGGACAAACGGAAGCUAGCGGCUCCACACCCGAGCCAAGCUCAACAAGGUCCGGGCCGGGGUCUGGGUCCGGAUCCCGGCUCGGCACUGCUCCACUACCCGGCAGCGGCGGCACCUCUUUCAAUUUUGGUCUCCCAAUCGCCCCCGGCACCUCUUUCAAUUUUGGUCCCCCAAUCGCCCCCGGCCUCUCUCCUGGCUCCGAGUUCCGUCCUCUAGCCACUUUUACCCCAGCAACCGGCAGCGCUAGUGAUCCUGUCGGCUCAUCCGGCGCCGCUCCCGCCUUUGGCUUUGGGUCUAGCUCCGGGUCUGGCUCCGGGUCUGGCUCCGGGUCUGCGCCCGUGUCCGGUUCCAGUCGAAAUCUUCUCCCAGUACCCACUUCCGGCUCAUACCUUUCACCACCCGGCAGCGCUGGCAACCCUAUUACUCCAACCUCCAGGCUAUACUCAACGUCCCCAGCGGGAGUCCAUCAAGCUGUCGAAUCCGGGAUGCACAUAACAAACCAAAACAGCCGCAAUUUUUCAUUUCCAGCAUCUCAUGGCGGGAUCAAUAUCACCCCUCCUACACCCAACCGUCAAACCCCCAUGGCUAUCCAAUCGCUCACCAACCCUCCAUACCCAACUCCAUCUGCCGAUGUAUCUAGCUCCUCCUCACCCGAUUUAUACUCAACCACAAGGCCUGCAGGGCAAUUGCCCUUUCCUACUAUCCUGCCUCCUACUAUCCUGCCACGAACCAGUCCCCACCCCUCAGUCGGCGCUCCUCACAACCCAGUCCCUCAGUCUCGCUCCCGCUAUCCCACCCUCUUGCGGCCGAGUCCCAUGCCAAUCGAAUUAUCCAAUGUUCCCGCCACCGAUCCCUUCCGCUAUCUUACCCAAGCUCUCACAAACCCCAAAUCCCAGUUCCCCAGCUGCCCCUCCAACUCGGAGCUCGGCCCCCAGCUGCCGAACUUGGAACUCGUUUACCAUUAUACCGCCAACACUUACAAAAGUCUAACACGAGGAGUACACGAAGACAUCUGGAAGGUCCAAGUGCCCAAGUUAGCCUUUUCAUACCCGUUUUUGAUGCACAACCUCAUGUCCACGGCUGCUUUCCACCUAGCGUGUACGGAACAGGAUGACGAAAAAAGGCAGAAGUGGGGUACCCAAGGCAAUAGGCAUUUCGACUUGGCCUUGAGAGGAAUGACGGAGAUCUUGCGCAAGGAGGGCGUCACGCCGGAGAACUGCCAUGCCGUUUUCGCUUCCAGUUCGCUGUCAUUUAUUGGCGCUUUGUGCGGCAAGGGGCCGCUGUUUGGUCCGGCUUACAACAGAGAACAGGAAAAGAUGCAGGCCCCUAUGAUUGACGAGCUACUGGGAGUCUUUAUACUGGUCAGGGGUAUUGGGAGUAUCGUGGUUGCCCAGGAAGACAUCCUCCACCAGGGCCCUGUGGGCGGGCUAUUCGAUGGCGAACCUUGUGGGGAGGAUCAUCCUAGCAUGGACAGAUUGGUGCACCAGCUCAAGGGAUUUUACCAGCGUGUUGCUAGUAUUACAACAAGGCGUCCUGGUUUUUUUGCUUCUCCUCCAAAUCUUGAGGAUGCCCGGCCUCCGAUGAGCAACAUCCCAAAGGAACAUCAAAUCAUCCUGGGAGAGAUCACAGCCAUGAUAAAUUCAAUCAAAUUUGCAUUAACCAAGGGUGGAAUACCUGAGCAGGAAAUCAUUGCGGUUUGGCCCAUUACAAUGUCUAGUGACUUUAUGGGCUUGUUGCAAAAACCAAAGGUGCCUCAACAACAACAACAACGCGAACCCUCCCAGCCAUCCACUUCCGCCACCGGCUCUUUCACAUCACCACCGCCAGGUGGACGAAAUCCGCUCGCGUUAGCUUUACUAGGCUAUUAUUGCUGCGUCCUGAAGGGCACGGAGUGUGAGUGCUGGUUCACCAAGGGCUGGGCCGAGGCACUCAUUAAGGAGGUAACAGCCGAGUUGGAGGAGUUGGCAGGGGUAAUUAUGAACAUGACCCCUGGGAGCGGGAGCGGGAGCGGGUGCGGCAGUACAACGCCGGACGUUCAGGAAGGGGAUCAGGACCAAGACCAGACGGGGGUUGACAGACCAGUAGAGGUAUGGAGAGAGUGGGUGAGGAGAGAAUGGCUGAAGGAUGCGCAGUGGGCCAGAAAGUGGAUUACCACAAAGGCUGAAGAGGAAUUGCCCAAGCCAACAUUAUUCUCGGGUAACACUAUGGCGGAUGCCAUGCAUGUGAUGAUGGAUGCUGAGGGUCAGCAACCGGGCGAGGAUGCCCCUGUGAUGGUCUGGGAGCUGGAUACUACUCAGCAUCAGCAGCCGGACGCGGAUGAUCUGGAUCCUGUGAUGGAUACUACCUCAAGUCAGGUUCAGCAACCGGGCGCCGACGCCCCUGUGAUGAAAACUCGAGAUCAACAAUCGGACGUGCCCGAACUCGCGCCAGCCGAGCCAACAUCCUUGGAUGUCCUUGUGGCGGGAGCCCAAGGUCAGCAACCAGGUGUGCCCGAAGCACAGGCAGCCACGGGGGCGUCGGAGGAGAACGUCGAUACUACUGCCACUGCGGAAGAGCCAACAAGGUCAAGUGUUGAGUUGUGAGUAGAAGCACACGUCAGUAAUCCAGUUACUUGUUCUCCUGUGGAAGAGCGGAUGGAGGCGGGGGAGGAAGAUGAGGCUGAACCGGACAACCUCCAUAAUCAAUUUCAUUAGCUAAAAC